AUGCCGUUCUUUCGUCAGUCCAAGUCCCAGCCUCAGUGGCCAGGGAUCACAAUUGCAGCUCUCCUCACGGCGAGCUGUGUCGCCAACGCCUAUGUCAUCCCGCGCCAGAUCAAGCCAUCUCAGCUCCUGCAAAGUUAUGACUAUGUCAUUGUGGGGGGUGGAACGGCAGGACUGACUGUGGCAGACCGCCUGACCGAGGACCCAGAAACGACCGUCUUGGUCCUUGAAGCCGGUGACUGGGGCAACAUGGCAGACAAUCUUUUGGUUCGCACUUCGGGCAGGAAUGGAUCUUUCACCGACUUGCUGUGGCCCGAUCUCCAGUCUGUGCCACAGCCCAAUCUGAACGGAAGGCCUGGCAACGUCUUCAUUGCUAAGCAAGUUGGAGGCGGCGCGUCCGUGAACGCCAUGGUGAAUAUGCGAGGCUCUGCAGAGGAUUAUGACCGCUGGGCUACCCUAUUCGGAUACGAGGCCCAGCAGGGCACUGCUGACUGGAGCUGGGAUGGCAUAUUACCGUUUUUCAAGAAGGGCCUCCACUUUACUGAGCCGCCUCCGGAACUGACCAACAACUUUGAUAGCGUCAAGUACGAUGCGUCCUACUGGGGAGACUCUUCCGAGAUCUAUGCCGGUUGGCCUCGGUUCUACUAUCCAGGCGUGACUCCACUCUUGGAAGCGUUCAAGGAGAUCGAUGGUGUUGAGUUCCCGUCCGACAGUGGUGCUGGACAGGCAGGCGUUUUCUGGUUCCCCACGCUUAUGGAUCCCCGAACUGUUACGCGCUCCUACGCCGGUACUGGUCACUAUCUUAAUGUCAACGCUACCCGCCCCAACUACCACCUUUUGGUCAACACCCAGGCUCGCAGGCUGGUAGUGGACGAUGAGCUCUCUGCCACUGGAGUCGAGUUCCCGUUAGGAAACAACACCUUGUUCACCGUCAACGCAAACAAGGAGGUCAUUCUCUCUGCCGGUACCAUUCACACUCCUCACCUCUUGCAGCUCAGUGGUAUCGGACCCAAGAAGAUUCUUGAGGCUGGUGGCAUUGACGUGCUUGUCGACCUACCUGGCGUUGGCCAAAACUUCCACGACCACCCUAGUCUAUCUGGAAUGAAUAUUACACUCUCUAAACUCGCGUCGAUCCACCCGAACCCGAGAGAUCUGGUUGAUGGAAACGACUUUAAAAACUGGGCCGACGAGGUGUGGGCAGCUAACAAGACCGGUCCAUACUCCAUCGCACUCACCAAUCUAGCUGGAUGGCUUCCUUUCACCGUCGUGUCGGACAAGGCCGAAGAACUUGCCACGAAGCUGGAGCAACAAGACUUUGCCAGCCUGUUGUCGGCCGACGCCGACGCUACUGUGGCCGCCGGCUUCGAGGCGCAGAUGAAGCUACUCGCCGCCCAGAUGCGUUCCAAGAACACGGCCUUCACGCGAUUCCAGCUCAUCGCCGACCAUGGCGCCCAGGGCCCCGUGGCGAUGCAAUCCUUCAGCCGCGGCACCAUCAACAUCAACACGACCGACCCUUGGAGCACUGAGCCCGUAAUCGACUACCGCGCCCUGACCAACCCUCUAGAGGCCGACUUCUUCGUUGAGUCAAUCAGAUUUCUCCGCCGCUACAACUUCGAGACCUCCCUAGCCUCUGAGUUUGAUCCGGUCGAGUACGUCCCCGGCCCUGAAGUCAUCUCGGACGAGGACCUCAAGGCCUAUAUCUCCGGGGCUAUGUCACCGACCGACUACCACCCUGUCGGCACAGCAUCCAUGCUGCCGCUGAAGUUGGGUGGUGUUGUUGACCAAACCUUGCGCGUGUACGGAGUGAAGAACUUGAGAGUAGUCGACGCCAGUGUCAUGCCCAUGGUUCCCAGUGCCAACACAUGCCAGCCUACCUACGCCCUGGCCGAGAAGGCCGCGGAAAUUAUCAAGCAAGGCAUCUGA